AUGAAUAAUACUCGCCAAAGGCUGUCGAAGGCUUUCGAGAAGUCAAUAAAAGCACAGAACAGAUUUUUCUUCGAGCUCCAACACCAAUUCAUUAACACCAACAACAUCUCCAUCACAAACUCCAACACCAACACCAGCUCCAACACCAACACCAAUUCAUUAACACCAACAACAUCUCCAUCACAAACUCCAACCUCCAGCUCUAACACCAACACCAGCUACAACAUCAUCACCGACUCCAACACCAACACAAACACUAGCUCCAACAUCAACACUAGCUCCAACAUCAACACCGACUCCAACACCAACACCAGUUCCAAUACUGAUUUAUUGACACCAACAACUGCUCCACGACCAACACCAUCACCACCUCCAACACCAACACCAACACGGCUCCAACAUCAGCACCAGCAACAACACCAACACCAGCCCCCAAACCGACUCCAUCUCAACCAGAAAACUGCGGCGCCUUAG